AUGGGGAAUAAUCAAGAAGUGGAUGGGUUACAGGGCCAUUUCCCUUAUCGCCACAAGGUGAAAAUUGGGGCACACAUGGUGACCUCCAUCGAGGAAUUAAAGGCGGUCUGGCGAAACAAUCUCAGAGGCCGCAUGGGGGAUUCAGCCCGGGAUCCCGGAAUCCCGGUGGUUCGGGGCUCGGGCCGUCUUCUAUGGAAUGCUCCAAGGACUCAAGGAACGACAAGAGAUGCGCCGGAUGACGCACAUGAGAUCCUCACGCAGAUCCCUGUGCGCCACAAACCCCUGAUCCGUCCUGGGAGGCCACAACAACGACCCUUCCUCGAGAGUCUGUCUCUUGAUACGAGAUGGAAUCCUUGGAAAUUGGAUUCUCACCGGCUUUACACUUGCCCUCCAGCAGAGACAUCCUCUGGGGGCCGGGGGGACGGCGGGGCACAGAGGGAGGUUGAGUUAGAGUAUCGCCGGUGUUUCCCACGCCAGUUGAUUGUUGGCGUUGGUGCUGCGGCGCCGCCGAGGGAACAUAGAAUGCAUCUGAGGUUCUUGCAGGUAGCGCCUGUAAUCUUCACGCAACCUCGUGCGUCUCAUCCCAUUGUCGCCAACCGAAGUGCUGGGAUCCAGUCAGCCGCCAAGAAGUUCUUCGUCCAUGUCACUGAUAUCAGGUUCAACCAUGCGGCGGGGCUAAUGGGCGAGCAAUCAACCCAGGAUCCUUCCUCCCCUUAUCCCGGAUUCGAGCAAGGCAUUCUGCAUUCGGCAUUGCCCCUUGAUGGCCGACUUGACAAGCCCGGCUCCAGGAUUGACCACACUAUUUUUGGGCAUAUAUGCUUACUUCUUGAUGGCCUUCUCUUAACCAACAACCUCUUCAACAUCAGACAUUUACUUGACAGCGCGUUUGACGCCCACACCGGAUGUCGUGUUCUAGCUUCCGCGGAGUACGAAUAUGUGGGCACCUCACUUCAAACCCGGAGAGAUGUGCAUCGUGACGGGGAUCAACAGGGUUCAGCCGAGGAAAUAAUUUUCCGUACGACCUCUGAAAAUUUUCAGAUAAGUUACCUUUGUUGGCGGGCUUGA